UGAGACCCGGAAGUGUGAGCGCUGCAGUGACAAGAACGGAGGAGAAAGUGAGAUAAAACGUUUUUCAAAGAUGCACCGGUCCAAAGGAGAGGAAGAGGAUUAUUGGAACAGUUCUCAGUUCAAGGCCUUCACCUUUGAUGAUGAUGAAGAUGAUUUCACCAAGCUCAGAGAGUCUCGUUUGGCUGUGAACAGCAUCAAACUCACAGACGACGAUGAAGACGACGUGGAGAAAGUCAACUGGAGUGGAGAACCUGUGGGGAGUAUCUCCUGGUUGGUCGGGGAGACGUCAGCCUUAUCCAAUCAGAAGACAGACUUCCCCAAAGUGAGCUCAGAGUCCAGUUUAAACAAGAGUGGGUCUGGACUGUCCCUCAGUGCCCUGUUCAGAGGUAAAUCCAGCAGGGGGAGCUACCCAAACUUCAGUGACUCCGUCUCAGAACCCUCAUCUCGACUGUUCGCACCGGAGCUCAGGAGGCCGCGUGCCGACUAUAAGGACUUCGUGGGGGACUUGUCUCCAGAGGAAAUGGUGCAGAGACUCCAACAGGGAAAGAGUGUGGGGAUGGAGAGGUUUCGGUCUCUUCAGGACAAAAUGCUGCUGUUGGACUUUGCUGUAAAUGGGAACGACGGAAACGCCAUCACCGCGGUCCUGAUCUUCCUAAAGAGGACGCUCUCCAAAGAGGUCUUGUUCCGGGAGCUGGAGUCUAGGCAGACAGCUCUGAGACACUUCAUCCACUUCCUCACCGAGACUCACGAACAGAGACUCCUCCUGGACCUGCUCAGAGCUCUGGGUAGAGUGGAGGACGCUGCUUUGCUGCAGUACAAAGAACACCUGGCCAUCAGUGAUGAGAACAAGAAGCGUGACUUCCUCAAGUCCUGCAUCAGUUUGCCAUUUUCUCUGGAGGAUGCUGCUCUAGUUCAGGAUCACUUCACUCUGUUGGAACGACAGAUCAUCAUCGAGGCAGCGGACAGUCAGGCAGAAAAGAGUGGGAAAGUGGAAGUUUUCCAGAACUUUCCAAGAAAAGCUUCAAUCCUGAACAUGCCCAUGAUCACCACUCUGUAUUACUGCGUGUACUACCACUACUGUGAGCCCGAGGGCACGUACAGCAGUCCUUCAAACCUACGACAGACCUUUAAGAUCUCUGAUAAACAGUUCUUCGUCACCUGUCUCUCCGCUCUCUCAAAGCUCCGCUCUUGGACAGAUGUAGACUCUCUGUUUCAGUCUCGUUCUUGGCUCGGCUUCAGUCGGAAAAAGUCUCCUCUGAGCUUUAGCCGUGUGGUUGAUGUGCUUCACAAGAACUCCGCCCCCACUCACGUCCUGGCUCAGUACGUGGCUCUGGUGGAGGACUCAGAGCUGCGUUUGUCUCUGGCCCAAAAACACAAGUGUCAUGACAUCGUCAUCAACACGUUUCGGGACCUGAAGGACCGGCAGAUGCUGGUUCAGUACCAGACCAAAGUGGACCCAGGAUCAAAUGAAGACUGCAAGAUCAAAGACCUGCUCAACAACUCUCAGAUCCGGUGGAAGAACUGAAGCUUUAAAAGUUUUGUGUCAAAUGUGAAAUAAAGAAAUGGACUGACAAGAGCCCCGCCCGAGUGGGGUGUUAUUGACUCUUUCAAAUUCUAGAAUGUAAUGAUGACAGAUUUCCCUAUUGAUACUUUGCAGCUGAUGUCAUCAACAUUCCCUGGGGGUGUGAUGCUAGCUAUAGGCACUGUUCUGUCUGAAGCUCUGUUACUCAAGUUAAUUAAGACUUCAAUCUGAGCUUUGUUUGAACGCAAUCUGACCAUAAAGAACUGAUUUAGCUGGAACUACAACAGGUGAGCAGAUUUGUGCUGUUAAACAAGUCCCUCUUAAAUAACAUUACAGUCACAAGCUAGUAUUAGUUAACAGUUUUUCAGUUAGUCACACUCACCUUUUUGAUGAAAAUCAGACACCUAAACAGGACCAUGGACGCUUGUAUUGAUCACAGGCUCCUAAAAAUGUGUCAUUUAAAUCCAUUUUGUAUUCUAGAGUUUUCAGACUUUCAUCUAAAAACGUUUUUGAAGUUUUUUCUAACGUAUGCAUUAUGUCACUGUGGUAACUGCAGAACAAUCCACAUAUAAAUGUACAUGGAGAACACUCCCCACCUGAUGUCACUGCAAAGUAUCAAUUAGUCACAUUGUAAUUUACCAUGAAAUGAAAUUCCCAAAAUCUAAAUACAUAAAUGUUGAACCUGAUCAUUUCUAUUAGUGAAUAGAUCCAAGAACUCAGUUCACUACAACACAAAUGUGCAUUUAAGCAAUAUUCCUUUUAGCGGCCACCAUCUGUACUACUAAGUAUGAUUGGCCUGUGGAAUGUUGGGGGUGAUGUCUGAAACCCAAUGGUUCACCUGAGAUUAAAAAAUUCAAAUAAAAACAUUUCCCAGUUUAAAAUUCUAAAACACUGAUUAUGGAACAUUGUCAGAAGCCUUGACCAAUCAGACAUCAGCGUGGGAGAGAAAGGUUCAGAGGUCACGUGGGUUGUCCCUACAUCACACAGAGGUCACGUAGAGGUCACACGGGUCAGAGGUGAGAAGACCUUUUGGUGGAUGAACCUGGAGAACAUGGCGAAGAUGGUGGCCUAACCCCUGAGGCUGGUGGAAGUAUUAGAAUGCAGAUUAUGUUUUGCCAUUACUGACCUUAUUAUAAAUAAGAAUAUCCUAAUAAUUGAUGGUUCUCUGUCAGACGCAGUUUAAUAUGUAUGUGAAAUCUAAACUAUGUGGUGGUGUGCUGAGCACAGAUUGUGCACUGUACACUUGUUAAUACCGUCUAUGGUGCUGAGCAUUGUCACUACAGCUGCUGCUUCUCCACAAAACUUUGACUUCUACAGUGGAAACCUUUUAGCAUCUUCAGUUUUUCAGAUAAAAUCACCUUUUUGGAUGCAAGCGUUUUUGUUCAUAUUUGAUUGAUUUUGAACAGUGAAUCAUUUAAACCUGACUGAGGAGUGUAUUCUUCUGUUUUGUUCAUAAUAAAAACAAGAUUUUUAUCAU